CGGGAGGCGGUUCGCCCUGCUUCGCGGGUGGGGUGGGAAAAAAAAAAAAAAAGGCAGCGGCGGGUCCCGGGGCAGAGAAAGAAGGGCCGGGGCGGAAAGGCGGCUCCUGCCUCUGCCCGGACCAGCCAUGCAAUACCAGCCGUCGGGCUCUGCCUCUCUGCCCGCUUUGUACGCGCCCACCCCGAUGCUGCAGCCGGUGCACCCCACGCCCUUUUACAUCGAAGACAUCCUGGGCAGGGGGGUGCCGGGCCCGCCGCCUCCCCCGACUUUGCCGUCGCCCAAUUCCUCCUUCACCAGCCUGGUGGCUUCCUACCGGACUCCCAUCUACGAGCCGACGCCGAUCCACCCGGCCUUCUCCCACCCGCUGGCUGCGGCCACCUACGGGAGCGGGCCCUACGGCCCUGCGGCCGGGCCGCCGCUCUACCCGUUUCCCCGCGCUGUCGGCGAUUACCCGCACACGCUCCUCCGACACGACCCCCUGGGGAAGCCGCUGCUGUGGAGCCCCUUCAUGCAGAGGCCGCUGCACAAGCGGAAAGGAGGCCAAGUGCGCUUUUCCAACGACCAAACCAUCGAGCUGGAGAAGAAGUUCGAGACGCAGAAGUAUCUCUCCCCGCCGGAACGGAAGCGCCUGGCGAAAGUGCUGCAGCUCAGCGAGAGGCAGGUUAAAACAUGGUUUCAAAAUCGGCGGGCAAAAUGGAGACGCUUAAAGCAGGAGACCCCUCAACCCAACAAAAAAGAGUCAGAAAAUGGAGACAGUCUUCAGACUUCCAAACAAGAAAAUUGCUUAAGUCCCGAGAUGGAUAAGGGAGUUUCUCCACGUAGGUCACAAUAUACCCCUUCACCUGUCUCCCAAGAAGAGUUGGAUUCGGACAUCUCAGAUGAUUCAGAUCAAGAGGUGGACAUUGAGGGAGACAAAGGUUAUUUCAACGGUCCCCAUCUGUAGCACUUGAAGAUGGACUUUCCCUCUAUUGGCACUUUAAGAGGAACUGGCUUGACAAAAACAAUCAGUGCUAUAAAAAGGGGGUUUUCUCUUCUCUUUCAGUUGGAUGGAGAAAGAGGGAAGGAAUAACAAACUUUGUAAAUAAUUGUCAUUGAGUUUGUCAAGACAAUCCAUUUGAUAAAGGAGUAGAUCCUUUCAUGACUGGAAGGGAAUCCUAUAUUUGUGUUCCUCUAUUUGUACUGGGAUUGAUUUUUUUAUCCUACCCAGAAUGCUGCAUUCUCCUCCAUAAAUUUAAACAUGAAGAUCCUUAGACCACAGGAGGAAAAAAAGAACAAUCACAACAGGGAACAACAUGAAAAAGGAAUUUUCUGAUGUUGCAAGGAAGAUUUUAGUUCUUGGGAUACAUCUUUUUGCAGAGAUGUCACAAAUGUAAUAGUAUGCAGAAUGAAACCAGACUUUUGUCAUGGGAAUAUCCUUCAUGAAAGUACAUAUUCCAUUAAAAUAACCUUCCCUGAGGUAUGGAAAAUAAUGUAUGAGACAUUAUUAAAUGUGUAGCAAGGUCUUAAAUAAUAUAAAUAGUAGGAGAAGGAAAAGGAUCUUUAUUUUGGGUUGAUUUGAAAUAUGAAUGGUCUAAGGAACUUGGUAUUGGCCUAUACUAGCCAUGCUUGCUAUCCAUGGUUGGAAGGGAGAAACUAUGGUUAUAUGUUCACAUAUCAUGCUUAGUCAUAAUAUAGAUUUUUGGUUUGUAGAUCCUAGUUUGUGUUCUGUUUUUUAAUCCAACUACUGUAGCUUAUUCAAGAACCCAUGCCUAAAACCAUGCCUUUGAAUGAAUUAUGCAUCCAGAUUGUGUGAAAUGAUUCUACCUAUGUACAGUAUCCUAGAACAAGGAAGAAUCCUAAGAAGGCCUUAUUCACUAAGAUGUUAUGUAGUUUGUUUUCUUUUCGCUUAGUGUAAUCUAUAAGUCAUGCUAUAAUGUGGUGUAUGAUGUAGAUCAUUAGAGCAUGUUCAAAAUCCUGGCUGGGUUCCCAUUCUUUGUGGCUUAGAAUCUUACAUUGACACAGCCAGUGUGGUUUAUAUAGCAGAGUUUACUUGUAUGAUUUCAGUAAACAAUGGCUAAAGAAUACCAAAGACCAACAGAUGAGAAUGAAGAAGCUUCUUGAAUGAGAAGUGAAACAUUUUAAAAGAAAAACGAAGUCCGGUUGCCUUUUGAAAAAGCACCUUUGGAACAACUAUGAUCUGGAUGAUUGAGAAUCUCCAUAUACUGUACCAGAGACCAAUAGACACUAACUUUGCUUUUUUCAAACUGUUACCCUCCAGAUGUGUUGGGCUAUAGCUUUAUCUGUUCCCAAACCACUUCUGUAGCCCAAUACAUCUGAAUGGGCACCAGAUUAAUGAGGGCUGCAGAGGACAGCACAAGGGAAAUAUUACUGUGCACCUCCGGCAGCCUUUGUCUUUACAACUAACACUAUUACAUGUAAACAUAAGCCCCAUUAAUUCAGUGGGAUUUAUGUCCCAGAUGUAUAUAAAAUUGAAUACUAUUUUUUAAAAUAUUCAGUAUAUAUUUCAUUUAUUUUAAUACUUUUUAAAAAUGUUAUAUGUAUGAGUAUAUAUGUGCAUAUGUAUGCUCUUAAAGAUGGGGACUAAAACAAAACUAAUGGAUUUGGUUACUUGCUCUUUAUGUUCUGCUAACUACUUUUAUAUAAGGAUCUGUUAUGUUUAAGUAAAGCUUGCUUGCACAUUUCGUUCUGAGAGUCCAGAGAAGCCAUGUACUUAUCAGGCUAAGAAAUGCCUACAUAAAAACUUUAAUGAGAUUGUCUUUCUAAA